ACUUCGCACAUAACACAAGGCCAAGGGGGAAUUAAUUCAAUGCAAAAGGAAUGCCAUUUCAGUAUCACUCCCAAUUUCAUCAAUGCUCGCUAGGAUUUUGGAAUUCCUGAACUCGCCUCUGCAUUGAUUCCUCGUUCAUCCUCGAUUCCGCGCUGAUUGCUGCUGCUGCGGCGGCGGAUCACCUGACCGACCGACCACUUGCUGCGUUUCCAUUGGCGCCGGCGGAGUCGGUUGGUUAAUUAUCGCCUUUGAUGAGUUUUGGAUGAACUUGUUGAUUUGGAGGCGCGGGGAUUUUUCGAGGAUUUAUUGAUCCGGAGGCGGAUUCGGUUUUAUUUGUAUAUUGAGUAAUCGGAUUGGCGCUUGAUCGGAUCUGAUUGGGGGAGUUGCGUUCCGUGUGGCGAAAUAUGCGGCGGCGGGCGUCCGACUAUCGGCGCCCGGUUAGAAGGAAGCUAUCGUGCUGGAUCUGGGCGGUUUUGGUGCUGUUCUUCGUUGUAGGUGCGAUUUUGUUUGCUGUGCAGCCAAGCUUCCACGGCAGAGAUCGUGUGGAGCAACCUGUUUUGGAGAUAAAUCCCAGAAAUGACCGAGCUGUUCACAAUAGUCGUAACACAACCGAAGAGAUAGCCAUCGCCGGAUCAUACGCGAGACAAUUAUCCGAGCAAAUGAUCCUCGCCAAAGCCUACGCCAUUAUCGCAAAGGAACACAACAAUCUCCAUCUUGCUUGGGAGCUCAGCUCAAGGAUAAGAACUUGCCAAUUACUUCUGUCGAAAGCCGCAAAGAGACAAGACCCCAUAUCUCUCGAAGAAGCCGAACCGAUCAUCGAAAGCCUGUCGACCCUAAUUUUCAAAGCUCAGGACGCUCAUUACGACAUCUCAACAACGAUGAUGACCAUGAAGAACUUCAUCCAGUCGUUGGAAGAUCGCGCGAAUGCCGCCACCGUUCAAAGCACCGUUUUCGGACAGCUGGCCGCCGAGUCGAUGCCCAAGAAUCUCGAGUGCAUUGACAUCAAACUCACAUCUGAUUGGCUGAAGAACAAGUCGAUAUCGAAUCUAGCAGAAGAAUCGAAGAACUCUCCCCGGCUCGUCGACAACAAUCUCUACCACUUCUGUAUAUUUACCGACAACGUUGCAGCCGCAUCUGUCGUCGUUAACUCGACCGUCUCCAACACCGACCACCCAAAGCAGCUCGUGUUCCACAUCGUGUCGACCGGGAUAAAGUACGGCGCAAUGCAGGCUUGGGUCCUUAGCAACGAUUUCCGAGGCGCGACGGUGGAAGUUCGGAACAUCGAAACGUUCGAUUGGUUGAACGAGUCGUAUUCACCCAUCGUCAGACAACGGGAAAACAUCGCGGGUACAAGGAAAUACUACUUUGAAGGCUUCGACGCCGACGAUGAGCCCAAGUUCCAGAACCCGAAGUACGUCUCGUUGUUGAACCACCUCCGCUUCUACGUCCCGGAGAUUUUUCCGCAGCUCGAAAAGAUCGUCUUCCUCGACGACGACGUCGUCGUCCAGAAGGACCUGACGCCGCUCUUUUCGAUCGACCUGCACGGGAACGUCAACGGUGCAGUCGAAACGUGUCUCGAAGCCUUCCACCGGUACUACAAAUACCUAAACUUCUCGAACCCGAUUAUCAGCACCAAAUUCGACCCGCAGGCGUGUGGGUGGGCGUUCGGGAUGAACGUGUUCGAUCUGAUCGCCUGGAGAAAGGCGAAUGUGACGGGUAAAUAUCAUUACUGGCAGGAACAAAAUGUCGACAGGUCACUUUGGAAGCUCGGUACUCUCCCGCCGGGGCUUCUGUCGUUCUACGGUUUGGUUGAGCCUCUCGACCGCAGAUGGCACGUCUUGGGGUUGGGAUACGACCCAAAUAUUGAUGCCCGGACGAUUGAAACGGCAGCGACUAUACAUUUCAAUGGGAACAUGAAGCCGUGGCUGAAGCUGAGCAUUGCCAAGUAUAGGCCUCUUUGGGAACGGUACGUGAAUUUCGAACACCCGUAUUUUCAAGAAUGCGCUAUAAGUUGAUCGAUUGAUCGCUCGAUCGUAAAUGCAUGCAUGCAUGGAUUCUUGAAUUGAUUUUUCGUAAUCGAUCUGAUCAAAUCGACCGUAUGCGCGGAUUCUUGAAUAGUUUUCGCGUAGUCGACAUUCGCCGUUCGAUCGAUCCAUUGCCGCUUGUCGGGACGUUUUUGGACAUAUAUAUAUGUGUAGAAUUUUAGAGUAUAGAAGUUUUGAGAUUGGUACGGUUUGAAAUAUAUUGUUGUUCUUCU